UAAGCUUUGAUGGUUUUGAUAAUAACCACCCUAACCUGUCCUCUUCAUUCCUUCAUUUUAUCUAGGAUUGAUUUAAUUUCCUUAAAUCCUAUUCAAAGCCCUCCAUGCCCAAGAUUUUUCUGCCCUCCCAUUCUGUAGGUGUGGAAGUGAAGGGCUCUAUUAUUACUUUUCUUUCAGGAUGACUUGGUCAUCUAUAGCUCCUCAAGCUUAUCGCCGUAGCUAUACAAAGAACAAACAUCUGGCUUCCCUUCUAUCUAUUUCUUCCGCUGGUUGCAACAGAUCAUUGUUUCUUCUUCUUUUUCCCAUUGCAAUGUGGUUGACUUAAACUAUCACUCUCCUGUUUGUUUGGUUACUUCUUCAGUCCUCCUAGGGACAUUAAUCCUGUUUGGAGGCUGCUAAGGUUUCUGGUCAUAGAACUAAAUUAUUAAAUAAGAAAGAGUGCAAUGGGCAAAGAGAAAAUAAGAUUCUUGUUCAUCAAACACGUUUUGUUGGAAUUAUAUAACCAUCCAUGAGUCUGCAUACCCUUGGUGUCAAAAUAUUUUUUCUCUUGAUUUCAAUAAAUGUUUGAAGUAGUGCAAAGAAAGUGGUGUUAUUUCUGCCCUCAUGUGGCUGUUAGCCUCCACACAAUAUGAAACAAGCUUCUUUGGUUUGCUCUACAUUUAGGAUUCUUUUUGAUAUGAUGUUGAGAUUUAAUUUUGCAUUCUGUAUCUCCUUUUAACGAUUUUUUUUUUUAAUUUUUUUUAAUAUAAAUUGUUUUCAUGUCAAUUGCUAAUCUUGCACUUUUUCUGAAUCCAGGUCUGAUUAAUGUAGUUAUGUAUUCUUCUUCUUUUGUCCUUUUAUGAUGGAGUAUAUACUCUGAUAAAUAUGCUUGCUUCUUUUAUAUUAAUCCACUUUUCUUUCAGAACUUUGAUUUCAGGAAGAAGAAGAAAUCUGGCCAGAGCUCAGAGUCCACUCCCAAUCAAAUUGAGGAAAGCUUGGACUCAGAGAAAGAUACUGACAAUGAGAAAAGUUUGGACUCAGAGAAAGACAAUGAUAGUGACACUGAGAAAAGCAUGGACUCAGAGAAAGCCAGUAAUAUUAAGAGAAGCUUAGACUCAGAGAAAGACACUGGUCCUAGAAAGUCAGAGUUUCUGAAGAAUGACCCAAUUGAGAAUAUCUCAGCUUCCCUACUGGAUUCUUUGCCUUCCAUUUCUGAAUUUAUGGCCUACCCGGAACCCAUGCAAAUUAGCAGUGAGCAAGCUCCUGUAGUGGAAAUCCCCACUUUUGUACCUGAUACCUUUCCUUCUGAUUCUGGAUUAAAUGGAGGCCCGGAACCCAUGCAAACUGGCAGUGAGCAAGCUCCUGUUGUGGAAAUCAUUCCUCGUCACAGGCGAAAUAUCAGGGAGAUGGAAAUGACCCCCCUUUGCAGAAUCGUCCGCCGUCGCAGGCGAAUUAUCAGGGAGCAGCGAAUUAUGAGGGAGCAAGCUCCUGUGGUGCAAAUUCCCCAUCCCCUUCCCUGUCCCAGAAUUAAGGUUGCGGUACUGCCAAGCAACUCUGGGAUCAUGAAGCGCUCACAUCCGCGUCCAAAUCCACACAGGGGCCCAAGGUAA